GAGCGAGAUGGCGGUGGCACCGUCCGGCCGCCUCCGUGCCCGAGCCGGGGCCCAGCGUCCGCCUGCGGGCCGCGGGCGGCGGCUGCGGGCCCGGGGCGGCGGGGCGGGCGAUGCCGAAGCUGCGCGGGGAGGCCUUCUGGCGGGAGACGCUGCGGAGCGCGCACUACGUGGUGGCGCCCAUGGUGGACCAGAGCGAGCUGGCCUGGCGGCUGCUGAGCCGCCGCCACGGCGCCCAGCUCUGCUACACGCCGAUGCUGCACGCCCAGGUCUUCCUGCGGGACGCCAACUACCGCCGCGAGAACCUCUACGGCGAGGCCUGCCCCGAGGACCGCCCGCUCAUCGUGCAGUUCUGUGCCAACGAUCCAGAAGUGUUUGUCCAAGCAGCAAUGUUGGCUCAGGAUUAUUGUGAUGCCAUAGACCUGAAUUUGGGUUGCCCCCAGAUGAUUGCAAAGAGAGGUCAUUAUGGAGCAUUUCUGCAGGAGGAAUGGGAUCUUCUUCAGAGAAUGAUUUUGCUGGCUAACGAGAAGCUCUCUGUUCCCAUCACAUGCAAAAUCCGUGUUUUCCCAGAAAUUGACAAGACAGUGAAGUAUGCACAGAUGCUGGAGAAAGCUGGCUGCCAGCUGUUGACUGUCCAUGGCCGUACUAAAGAACAGAAGGGACCACUUGCUGGUGUGGCAUCUUGGGAGCACAUUCAAGCUGUCAGAAAAGCUGUGAGCAUUCCUGUGUUUGCAAAUGGAAACAUCCAGUGUCUCAGUGAUGUGGAAGAAUGUAUCCGUAAGACAGGAGUGCAUGGUGUCAUGAGUGCAGAGGGUAAUCUUCAUAACCCGGCUUUGUUUGAGGGCCGAAACCCAUUGGUGUGGGAGAUGGCUGAGGAGUAUCUGGAGAUAGUGCAGAAGUACCCUUGUCCAUUGUCUUAUGUCAGGGCUCAUCUUUUCAAGCUCUGGCAUCACACGCUUCAAGUUUACCAGCAGCUGCGUGAAGAAUUAGCAAAAGUGAAGACUCUAGAGGGCAUUGCAGAUGUCAACAGAGAGCUGAAAUUACGAUGCCAGGAGGAAAUAGCUAAUCAGAAAGAAGGAGAAAAGCCAAAAGAAGGACUGCCUUUCUUCCACUGGAUUUGUCAGCCAUACAUCAGGCCAGGGCCAAAGGAAAGAUGCAAAGAGAAUGGAAUCAGUGGGACUGAAAAAGGUGUGCGAGGGAAACGUGCUCUGGAAGAUGAGGAAGAUAGAAACUCUGAGCUUCUUUCAAAGAAUAAGCAAAAAAAGAAAUUAAGAAAUCCAAAUAAAAGCUUUGAUCCAUCUUUAAAACCCAAAUAUGCAAAAUGUGAUCAGUGUGGAAACCCUAAGGGCAAUAAAUGCGUGUUUAACAUGUGCCGAGGCUGCUGUAAGAAAAGAGCCUUCAAAGAGACAGCAGACUGUCCAGGUAAGUGUAGCUGUAUCAAUCAGUUCUGUCCUUAGAAGUCAGUGAACAAG